UCACACAUAUCAUAAUAUCAUACAAAAUAUAUCUAGUCUUUAUUUCCAAUUCUUGUCACAGAGCUUUGAAAGCCCUCCAAAUUUCCUGAUAGGAAUAUCUUUUGUUUUUCAUAAUUCACCUUUUAAAAAAUUAUACCUGAGUUUAUGUGGAUAAGGUGAAAUAGGGUAGGGCCCCUAGAUAGCCUCAAUAAUGGGUCUGAUCACUAAAAAGACCAAGCAACUAGAGGGUUGGAACUUUCAACUCCACCCACCAGCCUCUGGGAAGGAAGAUGUGAGGAUGGAGAUCAAGCUCUGUAAAAACUCGUGAACAGUGAUAUUUGAUGAGCUUCCAUGUUGGUGAACACAUCAAGGUGCUGAAAGGGUAGCAUGCCCAGAGAUGGCAUGGAAGCUCUUCUCUGUACCCCUUUCCCUUCUGCCUACCUUGCCCUGUGCAUCUCUUUCUUAAUGGCUGUUCCUGAGUUGUAUCCUUUAUAAUAAACUAGGAAAUGUCAGUAUAGUGUUUUCCUGUGUUCUGUGAGCCAUUCUAGCAAAUUAUUGAACUAGAGGAGGCAGGAGUUGUAAGAACCCUCAACUUAUAGCCAGUUGGUCAGAAGUAUGGGAGGACCAGUUUGUGAUUAUCAUCUGAAGUGCAGGGAGUCUUGUGGGACUAAGCCCUUUAACUUGAGGUAUAUAAUGCUUAUUCCAGGUAGGUAGUGUUGGAAUUAAAGUAAAUUGUAGGACAUCCAGUUGCUGUCCAGAGAGUUGGAGAAUUGGUAAGAAUGGGGAAAAAACCCGCACAUUUGCACACAGAAGUGUUCUAAGUAUUAGUCAUAGAAAAGAAAAAGGUUGCUCUUGCUAUACAGUUUGUCAGAAAUGUUGUGAGUAGAGAAACUGUGUUUUUCAGACAUAUAUAUGGAUUCAUUUCACAUUUAAACUUCCCUAUUAAUCAGUACCUAUAUUGAAAAUUCUUACCUUUUAUCAUAGCACUGUUUUAUUUCUAUUUUCUGUAACUGGUGAGUGAAUCUUAUUUUCUGCCUUUGUAUUUCAGAGGAAAGAGAUAAUAUCUUCUACUUAAUCCUGGAUACUAUAUCCAAAGUCAGAGCAUCUACUCCAAAGCAGAAAAUUUCUGAAAACCAAAUAAUGCCAUCAUAUGAUGUUAGAAUUUUUUUUUCAAAUGAUGGUUCCUAAUAGUGCACAUUAAAAGAACUGGAAUUUGAAGACCAAUUUGAGAAACACCAGUAAUUGCUUACAAGAAAAAGCAAUUCAAAAGGAAGAUCAUGAAUAUAACAACUUUGGGGAAACAUUUAAUCAAAGACCAAAGCUUUUUAAACAGCUGAGAGUUUUUAUAAGAAAAAGACCUCAUACAAUAGUCUUCACUUAUUCAUGGGGGGUACACUCUGAGACCACUCAGAGGAUACCUGAAAUCACUGAUGUACCAAAUCCUAACCAGGUUGUUAAUAUGAGCUACCAAAUGACUAAUGGGUGGGUGAUAUAUAUACUGUAGAUACACCGGACAAGGAGAUGAUUCACAUCCCAGGCAGGACAGAGCAGAUCACACAAGAUUUCAUCCCAGUACUCAGAAAAUCACACGAUUUAAAAGCUAUAAAUUGUUUAUUUCUGGAAUUUUCCAUGUAAUAAUUUUUGACCACAAUUGGCCAUGGAUAACUGAAAUCAUGGAAAGUGGAGCUGUAGAUAAGGCAGGACUACUGCAACUAUAACAUCAAUGGUAGGAACCUGAAGCAUAACUCUGCUGUAGUUGAUAUUUUCAAAAGGCAACUCAUGAUUGAAAAAUAAUUUAUCAGAUAUAAGAAAGGUUGCAUUAGUAUCUCAAAUAUUAGUUAUUCUGGAAAUAAAUGUAAAGCCAACAUCUUUACAUGCCCACAAAAAUUUAAAAAUAAAUAAAUGUAAAGACAUAGUCCAGUACUGAUGGAAUCUGAGAAAAUUUGUAUGAGAGUGAAACCAUACCUCUGUACUGAAUGUGGGAAAGGCUACACUUGUAUUGAAUCCCUGAUCCAGCAUCAGAAAACACAUGUUGGAGAGAAACCUUAUGAAUGUAAAAUAGGUGGUAAAUCCUUCACCUGGAAUGCUAAUCUUAUCCAAUAUCAAAGAAUACAUACUGGAGAGAAACAUUAUGAAUGCAAUGAAUUUGGGAAAGCUUUUAGUCAGAGCACUAAUCUUAUUCAGCAUCAAAGAGUCCAUACUGGGGAGAAACCUUAUGAGCAUAAUGAAUGUGAAAAAGCCUUUAGUCCUAGGUCAUCCCUUAGAAAUCAUGAUAGAAUCCAUUCUUGAGAAAAACCCUAUCCUUGUAAUGAAGGUGGGAAAGCCUUCAGUCAUAUCUCUGCCCUUACUCAACAUCAUAGAAUUCCCACUGGAAAGACCUAUGAAUGUAUUGAAUGUGGAAAAACCUUCAGCCACAGCACCCACCUAAUUGAACAUCAGGGAAUUCAUUCUGGGGAAAAAUCCUACCAGUGUAAGGAAUGUUGGAAAGUGUUCUGUCACAGUACGUCACUAAUCCAACAUCAGAGAACCCACACAGGAAAGAAACCAUAUCAAUGCAAUGAAUGUGGGAAAGCAUUCAGCCAUACCCCAGCCUUCAUUCAACAUCAAAGAAUUCAUACUGGAGAAAAACCUUAUGAGUGUAAUGCAUGUGGAAAGGCCUUCAAUCAGAGUGCACAUCUUACUGAACACCAGAGAACUCAUACCUGAGAGAAGCCUUAUGGUUGUAAAGAAUGUGGAAAAACCUUCAGUCGAAGUACACACCUUAAUGAGCAUCUAAAGAUUCAUUUUGGUGUGAAACCCUAUCAAUGUAAUAAAUGUCAGAAAUUGUUUUGCUAUAGAACUUCACUAAUUUGACAUCAGAGGAUGCAUACAGGAGAGAAACCCUACCAGUGUAAUGAAUGUGGGAAAUCCUUCAGCUUAAGCUCAGCUCUUACUAAACAUAAGCAAAUACAUACAAGAAACUCUAGGAUUGUUAUGUGAGGAAUAACUUCAGGAAAAACACUAAUUUACUUAAUAUUAUACUAUUUGUACUGAGAAGAAAGAC